CAUACUGACGCGAUACUCGAUCACGUGACCGCAAUUAUCCAUCGGAAGAAGGCUCUCCAUGUCCUAUGACUCGCGUUGUCUUCUGAACGGCCCUCCGUGAACAACCCUCUCCGCAAACCAUAUAUCUCGGAGAGACAGCUUGGUGUAAUCCGUACAACGCUUUCUCUCUUCCUCGAUCAUGCCCAAGAAGUCAUUCCGCGUGGUCGUCCUCCCCGGGGAUGGCAUUGGCCCCGACGUGGUUGCUCAGGCCGUCCGGGUGCUUGAAGUCGUCUCCGCUACAUCCCCGGACAUCGAGCUCAAGCUCGAGGAGCACCUCUUCGGUGGGUGUGCCAUCGAUGCUACCGGCCACCCAUUGCCGGAGUCGACCCUCAAGGCUUGCAAGGAAGCCGACGCCAUCCUCAUGGGCUCGGUCGGCGGGCCCAAGUGGGACGUCAACAGCAAAGUGCGCCCUGAGCAAGGUCUUCUGGGGCUCCGUAAAGCCCUCGGCCUCUACGCCAACAUCCGGCCAUGCAACUUCGCCUCCGACUCGCUCCUCGCAUACUCCCCGCUGAAGGCCUCGAUUGCCCAAGGCACGGACAUCAUCAUCAUCCGCGAGCUAAUUGGAGGCGCGUACUUCGGCGAACGUAAAGAGCUUGGUCAGGCAUCGGAGCCCGACGUCGCCUACGACACGAUGAUCUACAGCAUCCCUGAGGUGCAGCGGAUCACGCGCGUGGCAGCGCAGAUCGCGCUGAAUGCGAACCCGCCGUUGGCGAUCCACUCAGUCGACAAGGCGAACGUGCUUGCAAGCUCGAGGCUGUGGAGGAAGGUCGUUGUCGAGACGUUGCAGAAUGAGUACCCCCAGCUCCAGCUAGACCACACCCUGGUCGACUCGGCGUCCAUGGUCAUGGUCGCCAGCCCCAAAAAGCUGAACGGCGUCCUCGUCACGGAGAACCUCUUCGGAGACAUUCUCUCGGACGAGGCCAGUGUCAUUCCUGGAUCGCUCGGUUUGCUCCCGUCAGCAUCCCUUGCGGGCGCGCCCUCCGUCACGGAUGCCCUCUCACCGGACUUCAAGCCGACGUACGGUCUCUACGAGCCCAUCCACGGCUCCGCACCCGACAUUGCCGGAAAGGGCAUUGCGAACCCGAUCGGCACUAUCCUCAGCGCGGCGAUGCUCCUCCGGUACUCGCUGGGUCUCGACAAGUACGCGCAGGCCAUCGAAGGCGCCGUACGGAAGGUACUUGACAACCAGGAUGUCGGCGGCUUCGAGCUGAGAACGGCGGAUCUUGGCGGGAGCGUGAAGACGACGGAGAUCGGUGACAAGAUUGUCGAGGUCCUGAAGGCAUCACUGGCGUGACGGUGUUGCAGCAAUGAAAGCGUACUGAGUGCGUAGCCCCAGGUCUCCCUCGUGUAGCAACACCAGUUGUAUGUUUAGUACUUCCAUCUCAAUCGAGUGGAGACCACUGUAGCUUGCUUGACCGAUGGUCGAAGCCGUUGAUGGUUGAGGCUGAGAGCAUACUGGUAGAACCCACAUUGUCAAGAUGAACAAUCAUCAAACCAUUCAACACCUUGAUACGACUCUACCAUGUCGACAG